AUGGGAUGGUUCUGGGCUUCACCUUCAACCGGGAAUGCUCCCGUCGUGCAAAGCCAGAUGCCUCCAUCCCCUUCCAAGCCGGUAAGCUCCCUUGCUGCGCGUCCCACUCCAGUCCAGAUCGCUGACAGUAAACUCCAUUCAAAGUCCGCAUGCCCAGUAAUGCAUAAUACCCCAAAGCAAGAACAAUCACCAUCCUCAUGUCCAGUUCGCGCCUCCGAUUCCCCGUUCUACGUCCCUCCCCUCUCGCCGUCGAGCGCUUCCGCUCCGCCUCCUCCCGCUCCACCCGCCGAAGAGCAGAGAUCAACACUAUCAAAACUAAAUCCUUUGAAUUACAUGUUCGCCAGCAUUUCGCAGGCUCGCGCGCCGAACCAGACUGUCGACUUGCCCGUCGAGCGGGAACCUUCUUCUAUCCCUCGCGCAGACGGCGCGGGGGGGAACUGGGAGUAUCCGUCGCCGCAGCAGAUGUAUAAUGCCAUGUUGCGCAAGGGAUAUACGGAUACGCCGCAAGACGCGGUGGAGUCGAUGGUUGCGGUGCAUAACUUUCUCAACGAGGGUGCGUGGCAGGAGAUUGUGCAGUGGGAGAAUAUCUUCGCGCAAGGCUUGAAGAGUGGAUGGGAGAAAUGUCGACGGGGCUCGGAGAAUUUGGAGAUGGAGCUGGAGAAGGAGAGAAUGAUGGGUGCAUCGAAUCAGCAGCCGAGACUUGUGAGGUUUAUGGGACGGCCGCAGGAGAGAACGCCAAAGGCGUCGAUGUUGCAGCUGAUGGGGUGGGUGUAUCCGGCGAAAUAUGGUACGCCUCCGCCAUUCGAUCGUCAUGACUGGUAUGUCUUACGGGAAACCCCGUCCGGACCGAAAGAAGUUCGCUACGUGAUCGAUUUCUAUUCCGGCCCGCCUGAACCAACCGGCGAGCCGGUAUUUUAUCUCGACAUUAGGCCUGCAGUUGAUACGCCUACUGCGGCCGCCGAGCGGCUGCUAAAAUGGGGCGGCGAUGUUUGGUGGCGAGCCAGCGGCGGCCCUGUGAGAGAAUCACGUUAA